CGUAAAAAUGGAAAAUUAAAUCAUGCACUUCCGGUGUCUCGUGUCAACAGACUGACUCACACAAAGCGAAAUAUUUUUGGAUAAUUUGGGGUUUUCUUAGAUGUAUUUUAGCAAAUGGAAAGUCACAGAGAAGAAGGGUGAUUUGAUGUGAUUCUUUAUUUUAGAUAAUUGUCCACAGAGUACUUAAUUUUUCUGAUUAUGGGUUUAUUAUUUUCAAGGCUGUGGAGUUUAUUUACCAACGAAGAGCAUAAAGUUAUCAUAGUUGGUUUAGAUAAUGCUGGAAAAACAACUAUUUUAUACCAGUUUUUAAUGAAUGAGGUUGUGCACACAUCACCUACAAUAGGAAGUAAUGUUGAGGAGGUUGUGUGGAAAAAUAUUCACUUUUUAAUGUGGGAUAUUGGUGGUCAGGAAAACCUGCGUACCUCAUGGAAUUCUUACUACAGUAAUGUUCAGUAUGUGAUCAUGGUUAUUGAUAGUACUGACAGAGAGAGACUAUCUAUUACCAAAGAAGAACUGUAUAAAAUGUUAAAUAAUGAGGACUUAAGAAAAUCUGCAGUAUUAGUUUAUGCUAAUAAACAAGAUAUCAAAGGUUCUAUGUCUUCAGCAGAAAUAUCGCAGCAUCUGAACUUAACAUCAAUCAAAGAUCACCCCUGGCAUAUACAGGCUUGCUGUGCUCUCACAGGGGAAGGAUUAUACCAAGGAUUGGAAUGGAUAACAAAUCAACUUAAAAGACGGUGAUAGUUGUAUACAUUAGUACUUAUAUUUAAGCCAAAAUACAAUAUGUCAUUAAGUAUUCUGAUUGCUCAUAUUUACUUGUGAACAUUUUCAUUGACAAGGUCACCAGAGAUGCAUUAUAUUAUUUCAAGGCCAACAUAGACAAGUUGUGAAUUAGCUUUAUUAUAUUUAAAGCAGGAAAAUAUGAAAAACUGUAUAAUAAACUACAAAGUGGCACAAAGCAGCCCUUUCGAGAAAUUUGAAAGAGGGUGGGGUAAGAUACAAUCGUACUCAACUUAAACAGUAACAUCGAAAAUAGUUGACCAAAUUGAAAAACACAAAAAAACUCAAUAACAAUGGUGCCGUUCUUGAAUUUGUUCACCUUUUAAAAGACAUGUGAGUAUCAUUGUUGUGAUUAUUAUAACUCUGUCUAAGGGUAAUUGAUUUGUUUGAGUGAAAGAGACAUUUAAGUGCUUUAGUUGAAUGAUAUUUUAUUAUUGUAAAUACAUAGUUGUAGUAAAAUUGUAAAUAUAUAUAUAUUUUUUAUUGUCAUAUUUUAAUGUUAAGAAUUUAACUUUAAAAAAAAACUACCAAUGUUACACUUCCUGCCAUUAUCAUUUUCUACAGUCAGUGGCACACAGUGCACUGGAAAGCUAAUAACUGGUGAAAGUUACUAUCAAAACCAAGAAAAUUAAUAUUUUGAAAAAUCUAGAAGUAAUCAUCCAAUUACCAUGGUGACUACUGUGGAUGCAUUUAUUUUCGUGGGUACCAAUUUUUGUGGUUUGAGGAAAACUUGCAUAUUUGUGGAUACAUGUAUUUAAUUUUCGUGGUUUUGGCAAAGUCUGCAUACAUUCAUUUAGAAAAUUUGCAAUUCGUUAAAUGUUUAAAUUUGUGGUUUCCCUGUACCCACGAAAUCGACGAAAAUUGGUAUCCAACAAAUAUUAAUGAAUCCACAGUUUAUAUUUCUUUUUGAAAAAGGGAAACUUGAUGGACUGUCUUCAUUUUCGUACAAACUUGUAACCAGAACUCUAAAUUUUCACAAACAGAUUCACAUUUUACAAUACAAAAAGGUUUUCAGCUAAAAAAAUUCAUUUAUACAUAUAUAUUUCAAAUUUGAAUUAGAAAAAGGUUUAACUUUAUUCUAAUACAUGUAACAAGUAUUCGCCAUAUUUAGUAAUUCGUCUCAGGAAUUGCUGUCAAAUUGCAUGUAGAAUUAAGGUUACUGUGUAUGUUGAGCUUGUUUCAUAAUAUUAUUGAGUAUUUUCUUUUUUAAACUGUAAAAGAACUUUUAUUUUUGUGGGUGUUUGGAAAACAUUUUGGUUUUCAGCUUGUUCAUAAUACUUUACAUAUAACUUUACAAUAGAAAACAAAUCUAUGUAUUUGAAUAAAAUUCCAAGGAAUAACAUUACUACACCAAUGAACAUUUAUUAAUAACUAUUUUUAUGAAUUAUCUUUUUAAUGUGACAAUUUUUCCAUGUCAAGCUGCUAUCGCAAAAUGGUUGUCUCAGGCAAAUUUAUUGAGAUUGUAGAUGGUGGAUCAUUGUUUCAUAGGCAAUCAUACCACAUCUUCUUAUGCUAUUAUCAUGACAGUACACUGACUUUGGAAAUAGUUAUAAAUAAAUUAUCUUUGGUCUAUUAAAUUCAUAAGUUGUUGUCUAGAUGGUGCCUCACUUGUUCAGAACCAUAACCUAUAUUUAUAAGGCCAGUACAUAAACUGCUCACAAAAUUUGCUUUUCUGUACAUUGCUUUUAAAAGAAAUAAUCUCAGAAUUAUAACCUUCCUUUGUGUGGUUUUGAAUGGAUUUUAGUCGAGAAGUGCUGUAUGUUCUUAUAUAUGUUAAAAUAUGAACUAUGAGCUGUAUAUCAGGCUGUUAUACAUGUUUUUUAGUCUAUUGUUUUGCCUCCUGAUGUGUUAGAUAUCAGGAUUGUAUAAAUUAGUGAGCUAUUUUUAAAAACAAAAUUGAUUUAAUUUCUUGAACUACAUUGUAUUAGAUAAUAAACUUUAUUUGGAAACUAACAUAGAUAAUUACAUACACACUAGGAUAAAGUGCAGUGUAUAGAUUACUGUUUGAAAUUGAUGUAGCUUUAAGAAAAAAAAUGAAAAUGAAAAAAUUGUAGUGAUGAUACUUUUUGUUAGUUUGGAAUAAAAAAAUAU